GGCAUGGAUGCAACUUAUACACACACCUUACUUCUCAUCUGGGCGGCAGUUCUGCAGUUAUAGAAAAUCUUGAGACUUACAGGUCAUACAUCCAGUAGUAGUUCAAUACUUUCCACCGCAUACCUAACGUCAUAAGACUACACCAUCUCGAAUCUUCUGGUAUUUCCACGCGCCACUACCACGAGACCGAAGACGACCCCGUCAAAGAGUUCUUCCCCGAGGAAAUUCAACGAGAUAAAGCGAGCUCAUAUAGGUUGUGCUCCAAGAUGGCGGUCACCAGGAAGGAAGAGGAGACGAAUGGGGCCUCCUCUGUGAAGCCCAAGUACGACCCCGAUUUCACGGACAAGGUCAUCGCAGCCACGGGACCCAAUGCUCAUCCUCGACUAAAGCAGAUCAUGCCGAGCUUGCUACGACACCUACAUGAUUUCGCUCGGGAGGUAGACUUGACAUGUGCAGAGUGGAUGGCAGCAGUCGACCUAAUAAAUGAGGCCGGUCGUAUGUCGGAUGACAAACGCAACGAGACAGGUCUCGUGUGUGACAUUCUUGGCCUAGAGUCUCUUGUUGACGAGAUCACAUCUAAACUUCUCCUCAACGCUAAAGGCGGAUCAAUUGCCACACCAUCAGCCAUACUUGGCCCCUUCUAUCGAGAAGGGGCGCCGUUGCUGCCCAACGAGAGCAACAUCUUGCUCGCAGCGCCAGACUCGGAGUGGUAUAAGCAAGCGGAGCCAUUGCGCGCGCACAUUUCGGGACGCGUUGUCUCGGUUUCAACGGGAAAGCCGGUGGCAAACGCCAUGGUAGACCUGUGGCUCGCAGGCCCGAACGGACUAUACGAGCAGCAGGACCCGACGGCACCGGAAAUGAAUUUACGGGGACGCUUCCUCACGGACGAUGAUGGACGGUAUGCGUUGUACGCGUUGCGACCGACGGCAUACCCAGUGCCCCUGGACGGCCCCGCGGGGCAGAUGCUACAGCUGCUAGACCGACAGGCGUACCGGCCGGCGCAUAUCCACUUCGUGGUGACGGCGGAAGGCUAUGGCGCUGUGACGACGCAGGUCUUCGACGACAAGGACGUGCACUUGGAGGAUGACAGCGUGUUCGCGGUCAAGGACGAACUGAUAGUGCAGUUUAAGCCGCGCGAGGGGGAUCCCAAGGCGCACUGGACGCUGACUUAUGAUUUUGCGCUGUGCGAGGUUUAG